GUGAUGCCUAGAGAGCUCUGCAGAAAUCAUGGACUACCAACCUUUGUUACACAAGAAACAGACAAGUAGGCCUCCGAUCAGCAGGCUUUUUCUUGCUGUUUGUGCAGUUGGAAUCGGAGGAGCUUUUCAGUAUGGGUAUAAUGUUUCCAUAAUCAAUGCACCUACAAGACAAAUUCAGCAAUUUAUUAAUAAUACAUGGUACUCCCGCCAUCAGUCCAACCUCGAGGAGGGUUGGCUGACACUCAUCUGGUCUGUCAUUGCUUCAGUGUUUACUCUGGGUGGAUUACUUGGCACUCAUAUUGGAGGACAUCUGGCUGACAAAUUGGGCAGAAAAAAGACUCUGCUAAUGAACAAUGUUCUUGCAAUACUGGCUGCUUUCCUAAUGGGUAUUGCUUAUCCUAGUGGAUGCUUUGAACUUCUAAUAGUUGGAAGAUUAAUUAUAGGCAUAAAUGCAGGUAUUGGCUUAUGUGUACAACCAUUAUAUCUAGGAGAGAUUGCACCCAGGCACAUUAGAGGCCUAACUACUGUGGGCAUGAAUAUUUUCCUGACUGGUGGAAUCUUUACCGGGCAGUUGGUUGGUUUACGGGAGUUAUUUGGCGGAGGGGACAACUGGUACUUCUUGUUGCCUACCUGCUGUAUACCAGCUAUUAUACAGUUGGCAAGCCUUCCCUGGUUUCCAGAGAGUCCCAGGUACCUCCUUAUAGAAAAUAAAGAUGAAUAUCAAUGCCAAAAAGCACUGAAAAUGUUAUAUGGCUCAGAGCACUACCAGCCUGAGAUGGAUGAUAUACUGAAAGAAUCAUGUGCUUUGAAUGGUGAAAAACCAAAGACAAUCUUUCAGUUGUUCUCAGACCGGACAGUAAGAUGGCAGCUAGUUAUUAUCAUUCUAACAAACAUUGGGCAGCAACUCAGUGGAAUUAACGCGAUUUACUUCUAUGCAGCAUAUGUGUUUACAAAAGCUGGAAUCCCUGCUAACAAUAUUCCUUAUGUGACACUGGGAACAGGGCUUUGUGAAUGUCUCACUGCUCUGACCUGUGGUCUGCUUAUAGACAUUGCAGGAAGAAGGAUCCUUAUUAUUGGAGGAUACACACUGAUGGCAUUUUGGUGUACUAUACUGACACUGACGCUAACAUUUCAGGAUGUAUAUCCUUGGAUACCAUAUCUAAGCAUGAGUGCAGUGUUUGCAUUUAUAUUGAGCUUUGGAUUAGGGCCAGGAGGUGUUACAAAUACCCUUACUGCAGAAUUAUUCACUCAGUCUUCUCGUUCUGCGGCAUUCAGGAUAUCGGGCUCUGUAGGCUGGAUAACGUUCUUUACCAUAGGGAUGAUUUUUCCAUUUUUAGUAAAUGGACUCAACCAGUAUUGUUUCCUGUUUUUCUUUGUGGAGUGCCUUUUAACAGCAAGUUUUAUAUUUUUUAUUGUGCCUGAGACAAAAAACAAAUCAUUUCUCGAAAUCAAAAAGGAAUUCCAAAAGCGCAAUGUCGGGCAGUCUUACCCGAGUCCAGAAGAUGAACCAGAUAAUCUGGAACUUCAUAUGUAGCAAUCUGUGCUCACAAUAUAUAUCUGAUAUCAAAUACAGGAAUAAUAAACCGAACAGCUCACUAUAGGGAUUCAAAUAAACUAAAGAUAUAGUA